AUGCCUCUCGUCGUCCCAGGAAUCAACUCCAACGAUGGAUCCAAGACAGAGGAAUGGACCAACAAGCUAGUUGGCAAGAAGAUCGGAGCGAGUUCUGAUGCUACUACCUUUGCGAAAGCAGAUCUCCCCGAGGAGACUCGCGUCAUUGAGCCAGGUUCUAUGGUCACCAAGGAUUUCAGGCCAAACAGGUUGAAUGUUCACCUGAAAGAGGAUGGCACCGUUUCUCAUGUUAACCAUCAGUAA